UCAUACGAAGGAGCGGAGAAUGCGACUGGAAAAGGAGUGUUACGACCGAUUCCUUAUGGACCCGUAAAUGAGAAUUCGGCAUUUAUUUUCAUUGGUGGUGUCCCACGUUCCGGAACAACAUUAAUGCGAGCCAUGUUGGACGCGCAUCCAGAUGUGCGCUGUGGCGAAGAAACCCGUGUGAUACCAAGAAUAUUGGGAUUGAGGGCGCAGUGGAAAAAGAGUGAGAAGGUCAGCUACUUAACGCUACCUUUUGAGGAAUGGAAUCGCUUACAACAAGCGGGUGUUACCAAUGAAGUAAUCAAAAGUGCAAUCAGUUCCUUCAUUAUACAGGUCAGUCCCAUAUUUUUCGUUUUCUCUUUAAUACAAACUUUUUUUGCUGCAUUUUUUCAGACAGUGAUAGCCGGACAUGGCGCUCCAGCUCCUCGUCUUUGUAACAAGGACCCAUUCACGAUGAAGUCGGCUGCAUUUUUAUCGGAAAUGUUUCCAAAUGCUCGAUAUAUUUUCAUGAUUAGGGAUGGUCGAGCAACUGUACAUAGUAUCAUAUCAAGAAAAGUUACCAUUACCGGCUUCGAUUUAAAUGACUAUCGUCAAUGUAUGACGAAAUGGAACACAGCGAUAAGCGCUAUGAAUGAUCAGUGCGAUGCCGUAGGAGACAAAUGCCUGAGGGUUUAUUAUGAACAAUUGGUAUUGCAUCCUGAACCACAGAUGAGGCGAAUUUUAAAGUUUCUUGAUUUGCCAUGGAAUAGUAGCGUUCUUCAUCAUGAGCAGUUCAUUGGCAAGGAUAUCUCGUUGUCAAAUGUUGAAAGGAGUUCCGAUCAGGUGGUGAAACCAAUUAAUGUGGAUGCACUAUCGAAAUGGGUUGGCUAUAUCCCCGAAGAUGUUGUGAAAGAUAUGGAUGAAAUUGCUCCAAUGCUUCGGCAGCUUGGCUACGAUCCAAAUGCGAAUCCACCGAAUUAUGGUACUGUUACAUAUGCGGACAUACAUGUUACGUAUUGGGAUAUCACUAUAGCUUAUAGCGGGGCAAAAUUCGAUGAAAUUUAACU